UUCAAUGUUUACAUUUUUCGCCGCGAAUGGCAAUUGCGCGCUGUGCUAAAAGAAAUAUCGCUUAAUGGUGAUGAGUGCAGCGCCCGAGUAUCGAUCAUCACUAAGAAAAUGCUCUUUUUUGUUAUCGCUGUUCUCUCUUCCACUCUGCAACGGCGACAGCGCAGUUCACUUGAAUUUUGUGAAACUCAGCCGGAAAAAGGUUUGAUGUUGGUCCUGAAAUUGUGGAUCUAAUUGCGCCAAGCACUCGCAUACACAGGCGAACUGGAUUUUCGAUCGCAUUUGGCCUUGACUGGAGCGUGUGCCGGUGUGGCAAAAAAACUAACAAAAACCCCGAGAGUUGUCGCUGUGUUUAUGUGUGUGCGUGUGCAAUUUAUAUAUUUUUUCAUCCGCGUGGAGCGCAUUGGAACACACUAAUUUUCUGUGCUAACUGCGCGCGUGGCUCGCACACACAUCUCACCUAACCAACCCCCAAUGCAACAACAUCAUCCAUAACAACAACAGCGAGAACAAGAAGAAGAAGAGCAACACUUGCCCGAGCACCGAAAGUCUUCAUCCGGAACAGUUCCUUUAUUAUAAAUCGCACAACAGUUUCUGCUUAAUCAAGCAGCUCUAAAUAUUUAAAAAAUUAUUGAUAUUCAGCUUUUAACUUCAACGGCAUUUCACGGCCGUACAAUUAUGGAUUUUUAUGCCAAGAGUGCCAACACAACCAGCAGCAGCAAUGAAAAUCAAGAGCACGCCGUCGCAGUCACCCCCGCCAGCAAACAGACUAGCUGCAGCGGAGCAGCAUCCACAUCCACAACCACAGCCACAUCCACAGAUCGUCUAGUUAUCUGGAGCGACAUAUCCAAUUCCGUGGAUAUGUAUCCCUGCUUUGGUCAAAUAAAUGCAUCAUCUUCCACAAAUCUUAUGGGCGGCAGUUGCAAGCGCAAACGUCGCUCAUCAUCCACUAAGGAUCCUGAACUUGGCUACGAACCGCCAUCGGCUAAACGCCAACAGCGUUUGGCUGGUGUGGCCUAUGGCAGCGACCAGAGCGAUCGCUCCUCGGUGGCUUCCUCGGUGUACACAUCGCCGGUGACAUCGACGACCAGCGAGACGGCGCUGAAUGCCCAGGAGCUGCUCAGCAUACGCAGUUCGCCGGCCGAGGAGCUGCCGGAGGCGCCGCAUAGUCCGCUGCCCGAUAGCCCAGACAGUCCGCCCAGUCCGGAUCGCGGUGCCAAACAGCUGGCGGGAGUGGUGCCCUAUGGAGCCAUGGAGCAGUCAAAGGCUGAUGUUGACGUUGACGAGCUGCUGGACGACAGCUGUGAGGAGUACUCCUUCGACGAGGAGGACGACGACGAGGAUGACAACGAUGUGGAAGACGAUGAGGAAAUAAACUCAUCGAGCUCUUCGCCCGCCUCCUCAACGGUCACCGGUCGCAGUCAAAAUGGUGAACGCACGCCGGCUACUCAGCAGCUGGCGCAUCCGCCGAGCAAUGGCAGCCGUGCCGUCAGCAAGGAUGCGUUGAGCAAAUUGAAUGCUCAAAAGGAUGUCGCCGACCACAACAGCUACAAUUGCAUGUCGCCCGCGGGGGAGAUAACUCUGCGUCAGUGCCCGCUGCCCGCCCUCGCCUGGGCCAACGCUGCGAACGUCUGGAAACUGAUGUGCAAACGGGAUGAAGGGGACUCGCACCUGCGCAGCAGCAGCAUGCUGGAGCAGCACCCGGGUCUGCAGCCGCGCAUGCGUGCCAUACUGCUCGACUGGCUGAACGAGGUCUGCGAGGUGUAUAAGUUGCAUCGCGAAACCUUCUACCUGGCUGUGGACUAUCUGGAUCGCUAUUUGCAUUCCGGUCGCCAGGUGCAAAAGACCCAUCUGCAGCUGAUUGGCAUCACGUGCCUGUUUGUUGCCGCCAAAGUGGAGGAAAUCUAUCCGCCAAAAAUCAGUGAAUUCGCCUAUGUGACGGAUGGCGCCUGCACUGAGCGGGACAUACUGCAGCACGAGAAGCUGCUGCUGCUGGCGCUCGACUGGGACAUUUGCCCCAUCACAGUCACCGCCUGGCUGGGCGUUUAUAUGCAGCUCAUUGUUAACAAUCGCACGCCGGAAUCAUUCUCGCAAAUUGGCAAACAGGCGAUAGCCGGCGAGGCAGAUGAUGCCUUCAUCUAUCCGCAAUUUAAGGCCUAUGAGUUUGUGCAAACAUCGCAGCUGCUCGAUCUGUGCGCCUUGGAUGUGGGCAUGGCCAAUUAUCCGUAUUCGAUUUUGGCCGCGGCGGCCAUAAGUCAUACAUUCAACCGUGAGACCGCGUUGCGCUGUUCGGGCCUGGAUUGGCAAGCGGUGCAGGCCUGCGCGCGCUGGAUGGAGCCCUUUUUCCAUGUCGUAUCCAAGAAGGCGCCCUAUCUGCAGCUGAAUGAACAGAACGAGCAAGUGACAAAUAAGUUUGGACUGGCCCAUAUCUGCCCGAACAUUACCACCGAUGACUCGCACAUCAUUCAGACGCACACAAUCACAAUGGAUAUGUAUGAUGAACUGCUGUUUGCACAGAAUACAUUGCAUGAGAUGCGUGCUCGCACUCAGGCCUCGCCGGCGACGGCACUGCGCGCUCCAGAGAGUCUGCUAACGCCGCCGGCCUCUAGUCACAAGCCGGAUGAGUAUCUGGGCGAUGAGGAGGACGUGCCAGCAACAGCCACAGCCACAGCCGCAGCAAUUAAGUCGGCGAGCAGCUCCAGCGUUCGUCAGCCGCUCCAGCCAAUUGGCAGUCACAAGAAUCCUGCGAUUUCUGGCGCCGACAACAGCAGCGGCAGCGGCAUCGUCAGCGGGAACGGCAGCGGAAGCGGAAACAGUCGCGCUUAGGCGCUCUGAAGUCUGUCCACUGUCUCUAUCUCAAGCACACACAC